AUGGAGAGAAUUUUAAUUCAGGGUGGAAUCCAUCUUUUUGGAGAAAUAGCAAUAAGUGGCUCAAAGAAUAGUUCGUUACCUUUAAUGGCCGCUAGCCUUUUAUCGAAUCAAACUUUACAACUUACCAAUAUUCCUAAGCUAUCUGACAUAACAACAAUGAAGAACUUGUUAGUGAAUCUUGGGACAGUGAUAGAAAUCGUCGACCAAGAAGAUAACGGUUUACAGCUAAAAUUAUCCUCUGCUGACAUUCAAAACUAUUUUGUACCCUAUGAGAUUGAAAGUAAAAUAAGAGCAUCUAUUUGGCUUCUUGGACCAUUAUUGACUAGGUUUGGCAAAGCAACAGUAUCAUUUCCAGGAGGUUGUGAGAUUGGUGCUAGACCAAUCGAUUUACAUAUAGCCGUUAUGCAAGCGUUAGGAGCAAAAAUAAUAAUGCACCACGAUUGUAUUGAUGCUCAUGUAGAUGAAUGUUUAGUAGGGUGCAAUUUUUCUUUUACCAAAGUAUCCGUUGGAGCAACUAUAAAUGCAAUUUUAGCUGCAGUUUUAGCAAAGGGUGAGACCAAUUUGUUUCACUGUGCAAGAGAACCAGAGAUAGCUGAUUUAUGCCGUUGUUUAAAUCAAAUGGGAGCAGAGAUCAAGGGUAUUGGUACGACAGAAUUGACAAUUAUUGGAAAAGAUAGGCUCGAUGGUACUAGCUAUAAGGUAAUGCCAGAUAGGAUAGAAGCAGGAACUUACAUGAUAGCGGCAGCAGUAACUAGAGGAGAUGUCAAGUUACUGGGCAUUGAAUGUGACUUAAUUGAAAAUUUAGUAAUGAGAAUGAAAGCCGCUGGUGUAAGCAUUCUACAGGGUAAGAACUUUAUACGAGUGAAACAUCAAGGUCCUUUAAAGCCUGUUAAUAUUUCAACACAGCCUCAUCCUGGUUUCCCGACUGAUUUACAAGCUCAAUUCAUGUGCUUGAUGACCUUGGCGGAAGGAUUAUCAACUAUUUCGGAGACUAUUUUUGAAAAUCGGUUUAUGCAUGUUCGUGAGUUGUGUAAAAUGGGAGCUAACAUAACUAUUGAUGGCCAUGAUGCGGUUGUACAAGGAGUCCAAUCUCUAGUAGGGGCUGAAGUUAUGGCAAGUGAUUUAAGAGCUUCGGCAGGCUUAGUGAUUGCAGGACUUUGUGCCAGAGGUGAAACAACCAUUAGAGGGGUGCAUCACUUAGAUAGGGGAUAUCAGUCGCUUGAAAAGAAAUUAUCACAGUGUGGGGCUAAAAUUUCGAGAAUCACGGGCGAUUAA